AUGGUGUUGGCUAAAUCCAAAAACUCCGUGGGGCUGGGUAACAGCCUCAUGAACGACCGUUUUGGCAAGGGUAAAGCCUCGAAGGAAAAGAAGGGUUCGCACAAUAAUGCCAUUGCGCGCAAGAACAUGAUGGGUGAGACCUACAUCACCAAUGAAGCUACCGAAGCAUCAUGGGUCAAGAUGCGCUCUAUCACCGAGCAAGCCGCCCUCGACGAGUUCCUCAGCACAGCCGAGCUGGCCGGUACCGACUUUACCGCCGAGAAGGUCAACAACGUCAAGAUUAUUCACGCCGACCAAAAAAACCCCUACCUCCUGUCCGCAUCCGAGGAGCGAAACGCCCAAAAGAAGCAACAAAAGAACAAGAGUCGGUUGACUGUGCCGCGUCGUCCCAAGUGGGAUUCCACAACUACACCGCAGCAGCUGGAGAUGAUGGAGCGCGAGAGUCUGUUGGACUGGCGACGUGGUCUGGCUGAGCUGCAGGAGUUCAAUGAUCUGUUGAUGACUCCGUUCGAGCGUAACUUGGAGGUUUGGCGUCAGCUGUGGCGUGUUAUUGAACGCUCGCAUCUCGUGGUUCAGAUCGUCGACGCACGAAACCCGCUCCAGUUCCGCUCCGAGGAUCUGGAAAAUUACGUCAAGGAGAUCGAUCCUCGCAAGACGAACUUGCUGUUGGUCAACAAGGCUGAUAUGUUGACCCUCAAGCAAAGAGAGGCUUGGGCUGAAUACUUUGAGAAGAACAAGAUUAACUUCCGUUUCUUCUCGGCUCACCUCGCCAAAGAGAAGAUUGAGGCUGAGUUGCUUAAGGAGGAGCAGGCGCAGCAGUCGGACAGUGAAGAUGAUGAUGAUGAUGAUGAUGACCUUGCUGAGUCGACCAAGAACCUGGAUGUGCAAGACGAAGCUGAAUCUAAGGAAAUGAGUGCUGAGGACAAAGCGGCUCGUGCUCAGCUUGUCGAUCCCGAACAAUCACUGGGAGCUCACAUCCUUGACGUGGAAGAGUUAGAAGCACUUUUCUUGGCCAACGCGCCAGAGCAGGACGCAAAUGCCGACGGCAUCAAGAAGACUACCAUUGGUUUGGUUGGUUACCCCAACGUGGGUAAGUCCAGCACAAUCAACGCCCUUCUGGGUGCCAAGAAGGUGUCCGUCUCUGCCACUCCCGGUAAGACAAAGCACUUCCAGACCCUGUACCUCUCUCCGGAGAUCAUGCUGUGCGAUUGUCCCGGUCUGGUGUUCCCCAACUUCGCCAGUACGAAGGCGGAUUUGGUUGUGAACGGUGUCUUGCCCAUCGACCAGCAGCGCGAGUUCACCGGUCCUGCCGGUAUCGUUGCGCACCGUGUCCCCAAGCACUUCUUGGAGAAUAUCUACGGUGUGAAGAUCCACACCCGUCCCAUCGAGGAGGGCGGUACUGGAAUCCCAACUGCCAGCGAGGUGCUGCGCGCUUACGCCCGCGCUCGUGGCUUCUCCACUCAAGGUAUGGGUCAGCCCGAUGAGUCGCGCGCUGCUCGUUACGUUCUUAAGGACUACGUGAACGGAAAGAUCCUCUACGUCCACCCACCUCCGGUUGCGGAGGGUGAGGAGCCUAUCGAUCCGAACGAGUUCAACAAAGAGCUAUAUGAUCUCGCACAUCUCCCCGAGCGGCGUCAAGCCGUGUUGGCGCGACACGGAAUCGACCACGACGACCUGGAUACCGAUAUCUCCUCUUUGGCUAAGAACCUAGAUGACGAGAGACCGGGUCCUCGAUCCCGCAACCUCGACAGUGGCUUCUUUGGUACCGCCACUGGUCCUUCCGCCGGUCGUUUGACUCUGCCAUUCAACGCCAAGAACACCGCUCAAGGGCAGGAGAUGCGCCAAAAUCUCACUGGCCGUAAGGAACGUAUGAUGAUCGCUUUGGAGCGUGGCGUUGACGUAGCCGAAGUGCGAAACGGCAACGGCAAGAAGCACUUCAAGGGCAACAAGAAGCGGGCUAAGGCCAAGCGUAACAACCCUGUUGAUGACGACCAUUACUAA